AAAGAAUUAAAACUAUUCGUUAAAUUUGAAUCAGUUCAGUUGAUUUAUCGGUAUUCUUACCAAUAUACAAAAACAAAUUAAUAUUAUCGGUCAAAAGAAAAAUGGGAUCAUCAUUUUCAAAAUCGGCUGUAUUUGACGCUUGGGACUAUGGAAAAUACUGUGCGAUAUUCAGUAUGAUUGGAUCGAUUUUGGGUCCAUGGGGUGCGGCCGUGGGCGGUUUAAUUGGGUUAAUUAUUGUUAUAGGAUUGGAAAUGAUGGAAACCGAUGGAACAUCUUCUUCUGUCACUAUGAACCCAAUUUGUGCAAAAAUCUCACCAAAUUGUAACGAUUUUAUCGAAAAUUUUUAUAAAAGUGAUGACAUUCAAACACGUUGGCAAAAUUAUUCGAUGAAUCAAAGUAUGUGCGGACCAACACCGAAAUAUACUAGCAAUUUCAACGAUAACUUUUACAAGAAAAAUGACCAGUCUUAUGCAGACCAAUGUUAUCCAGAUCAAUGUAGCGCAAAUGAGUGUAGUCCAGAUUAUUCAGAUCCAUGUUAUACAAACCAUCAUUCUGCAUACCAAGAAGAUCCAGAACAAGACAAUAAUCAUUUAAAACGCUAUUUGGAGAGCCUUAAUUGUCCAGCACCCAAACCAAAGCCACAGUAUUAUUCAGAUCCAUGUUAUACAAAUGAUCAGUGUUAUACAAACCAGUACAGUUGGUCCCCAGAAUAUAAAGAUCCAUCCUGCUAUCGAAACUGCUGAAACUUUCGAAUUCGAACAUA